AUGCCGAGUGCCUUUCAUUUCGAGGCCCCUAACGGCGGCUCCUCCCUCACUGGUGUACACCCGGGCAUGUUUCGACCGCCCAUCUCGCCCUCCGCCUCCAGUUCGGGAUACCUUGGACGAUCGAUAGACAGUAGUAAUGCAUAUGCCGACCCGUCAGCGCCAGGACCGACCGCGAAGAGGAAACGCCCUCCGGCCCACAACUGGACCGGGUUCGGCAUCGGUGCCUCGGCACAGGAUCAUCAACGAUCCGACUUUAGCGGCGAUGGACAAAUGGGGGGCAUAGGAGGAGGGGCAGAACACCGAUAUGUCCUCGCCGGCCACAUCGAGACGCUGAACGGCUUCGCCCCGACCGACCCCAAGGACGCGAUGGACGAUAGUUUCUACUCUGACGUCGACUACCGGAAAGCCCUGGGCUCGAAGCGCCCACACCACGAGACAGAGUCGAUACGCCUCAACGCCGACGGUGCGGACCCGACGCUUCCCGCCUCACAGACUAAUAAUAACAACAGCGGCUGGGGAUCGUUCGCCCUGAGCACUCUCGGCGGGGUGGUUGGGAAGGUGUGGGAGUUCUGCAAGACCGGCGCGUUCCGCGGGUUUUACGCCGGCGGUGGGAAGGGCUUCGACAUAGCAAAUGGGGCCGCGACAGGAGCAACGCCGUCUCAGCUGCCGGCCGGCCAGGUCUGGUAUAACGAGCACGAUGUACCCACGCUACCACCGCUUGAAUCAGGCGCGACGACGACCAGUACGGGGUUUCCGCAGUCGGAUUUGUACUAUCACGAUACCGACUCGGCCCCGGCCACUUCCUCGUUCGGCUACCAGCAGAGGACCGCAAUGGAAGAAGAAGGGUCCACAACACCACCGCCGGCGGCGAAGCGACGGCAGAUCAGCCGGGAGUGGAACACGGGGACAACGACGCCCGGCGACGAGCUAAACCGAAACUGGGUCGUGGUGGAGGAGCCCGCACCCGCGGCACCCGCGGCACGCCGGAGACGGCAGGGCAGCGGCGCCUCCCGCGCGACGAUGGCUUCACCGGAUGUCUCAGUGCUACGGCGCCGCAUCGUCGGGCGCCCCGCGUUCCCGCGGUACCACGCGUCGUCGUCGUCAUCGUCGUCGUUGGGGCGAGGUGCCUCAUCCAUCAGCCACGCAGGCGCGGCAGGUCUGUCGACACGCGAGCCCGCAAGCUUCGCAUCUCCUCGACCCCAGUCGCCCAGCGUCGGCGCACCGCACUACGGGCAGUACGGGGCGGGGGCAGCAUCCCCGGCCUCGGUCUCGACGCCGGCCAGCCGCAUCCCCGUGCCCAGCGGCCGUCCGCAGACGCCGGCCGCGUUCUCGCCGCGCCUGUCGAUCGGCGGCGGCUCGCACUCGCACCACAAGGCGUCGCAGCUGCAGCCGUCGCUGAUCCCGAGCCCGAGCGCCGGGGGACCGCACUACUCGUCGCCGUUCGGGUCGCCGGCAUCGAAGCCGGGGUUCGGCCCCGGGCACCGGCGCAACCACAGCGGCGCGUCGGCGGCGUCGGGGCGGCUCCUGCCGCGGCCGCGGGACGCCGAGCCCGCGAGCGGCAGCCCCUUCGAACACACCGGCGCCGGCAUCGCCGCUGCGAACAAUACCACCGCCAGCAACACCAACAGCCCGCGCCUCGACGCUGAGGCCCGCACCCUCGCGGCGCGCCGCGCGCGCGCCGAGAUGGAGGCCGACAUCCGCAUGAACGACUUCAACGCGCGCAUCCGCGACAUGAUCCGCCAGGGCCGCGAGGCGCUCGGCACGACGGUUGAGGUCGAGCUCGACAUGGAGGACGUGGACGCGGACGAAGGCGGGGUAGGAGCCGCAGGAGGGAGCCGCAGGGGCCGAGGCGGCGUGGAUAUUUGGGAGGACGAGUGA